AGUGGAGCCCACAGGACGCCCCCCACCGGCUUGCCCUUGGCCGGACGAAAAACCUUAGCAGCCUACUGUAGCAGUAGCGAUAGCGGCUGCUGGAGCGCUGGACUAUGGAUCCCAUUUCGUCCCAUCCAGGAUGCAGUGGCAAAGUGCUGUCUGCAGCUUUUGGUGAGCGAGUGGGUCAGGGACCGCUCGCGUACCAAAAGCGGACAGCGCCCGACGGAGCAUCCGGCCCGCCUGUUGGUUCUCGCAAGAUCCGCAUUCCCCCCUCCUCCUCCUCCUCCUCCUCCACCGCCAUGGCUCAAGAUCUGGAUAUGGAUUCCGGUGAGCAGAAUGGCAACCGGAAGGCCAAGUGUUUCACUAUCGCUGGCCUGAUUCUUGUCGUUGCUCUUGCGGGUAUCGUCACUGGCGCCGUCUUUUUGGUCAAAGCCAUGGACAAGAAGGAUAAGAGCAAAAAUGAAGAUCAUAACGUGGUUCGCCCUGCGCCGUCGCCACCGAGUUCGGGGUCCCGGGCUCCCUUCGUUAGCGGUAAGGUACCCCUUGCUCAGUAUGGGGACGCACUCAGCAAGGGGCUGCUCUACCUGGAGGCGCAGCGGUCGGGUAGACUACCUCCGACGAAUCGCAUCUCAUGGCGACAGGACUCCUCACUCCUGGAUGGCCAAGAUGUUGGGAGAGACCUUACGGGAGGAUAUUACGAUGCUGGUGACAAUAUCAAAUUCAACUUGCCUAUGAGCUUUACAAUGUCCAUGCUGGCAUGGGGUGUGUUGGAGUUCGGCAACCCUACCACCGGGGGCUACUUCGGUGAUGAAUACGAGAACGCGCUCCUUGCCAUCAAAUGGGGAGCGGACUACCUGCUGAAAUGUUGGGAUGCGAACCGCCAAGUCCUUUAUGUCGGGGUUGGAGAUGCCACCAGAGAUCACCAGUGUUGGUUCCGUCCUGAGAAUAGCUCUAUUCCACGUCCCAGUUACUUCGUCAAUGCAACUGCGCCAGGAGAUGAUGUUGCGGCAGCAACAUCUGCGGCACUGACUGCUGCGUCACUUGUUUUCCGGGAGAUUAAUGCCACAUAUGCGGCUGAACUUCUGAAGGCAGGAAACGACCUAUGCGAGUUUGCCAUGACGCAUAAGGGCCUCUACACCCUGUCUGUGCCAGAAACUGCUAACUUUUACAAGAUCCCGGACUCCGAAGAUUAUAUUCUGUGGUGCAAUGCCUGGUUGCUGCGCGCAUAUGCAGGUGCCCCAGAGCAUCGACAAUUUCUUCUGACCCUCUCAGCCGACUCUGCGAGCAAUUGGGAGACUCUUGAGUGCAGCUGGGGUGAUGUGAAAUUUGCUGCACAUGCUCUACUCGCCGUAGAGGCUAGCCGAAAUAAGUACACGGGACUAGAGAGGUAUUCUCAACUGGCCGAAAAGGUACUCUGCUACUACAACACUAAUGCAACUCUGCAAACGAAAGGAGGAUUUGUGUUCGUCCGCGAGUGGGCGCCUAUCCAGUACGUUGCAUCUGUGUCGUUGGUUGGGUUGAUCUAUGCGGACAACCUGCUGUCAAGUGCUGCGUCAAAAAUGGAAUGCAAGCUUAAAGCGCUGGACGUGAUGGCCUUUGCCGACGGACAAGCAGCGUACGUUCUGGGUCACAACCCUUUGAAUAUGAGUUACAUGAUUGGCUUUGGGGACAAUUAUCCUAAGACAGCGCACCAUCGAGCGUCAUCUAUUGCUGUCCCUGGCGCAUGGAGACUAUCCCCAACCGCGUACACCGAUUGCAGCGAAUCGCGAAAUACCUUCUUGUUCAGCGGAAUCGACAACCCGAAUCUGCUGACCGGCGGAAUUGUCGGUGGUCCGGAUCGUUUCGAUAAAUUCAAUGCAAGCCGCGAAAACCAUCUGCAGAACGAGCCUGCACUUUAUGUUGCCGGCGUCUACGUUCCUGUUUUUGCGAGGUUGAGACAAACCAUGAGCAGCAGUUCGGCUACCGAUCCAACUACCAAUUCCACUAGCAAUUCGACUAACCGAGUUUAGCCCCCCAGCAUCUCGCCAACGUAUUCUCGACCACACACACACUCUCAGAGUCUCAGCCCAUUCCAACACUUCCUCUCCACGUGUGCGUACUCCGCGGGGCAAUAAGAUAUCAAGCAAUGGGGUGAGCGGCUGCCAGACCAAGGCCGAGGCCGUGAACUGACAGCUUCGAAAGACACGUGCAUUGUUUGCCUCUCCUGGCCCGUGCAUGUUUUGGCAUGCGGUUGACGACUUCCAGUCGUGAAGCUUUUGCGGUGCAAGGCUUCUGAGAGAGGAUAACGAGCCAGACAGACAAACAGAGGCACACAGAAGAGAGGCACAGACAAUGGACAAGUAAAGAGGCAGACGAAGACGCUCAGCGGACAUACACGCACACAAAUAGAGAAGAGGAAUGAAGGAAGAGAAACGCUUGCUUGCCUUUUUCUACUACAGACGCACACGGUCGGCUGUGAUGAUGGCGAUCCACAGCCACUUGUGCCACAGCUGCAUGCCAUCGAGGUACCUGUUUAUUUAUUGCUUCAUUUUUAUUUUUAAAUCGCCGCUACAUCUGCACCUGACCCGCCAAGCCUAAUGCCUGCCUGGUAGAGUUUUUUUUUUUAACGUGUUUUUAAACUUUUUUUAAUAUUUUUUCCCUUCUUUUUCUGGGAACUUUUAUUUUUUUCUUUACGUCUUUUUCUAAUGUCUUUUCCUUUUUCUCAGGCAAGUUUCAGGUUUGCUCGGAACAUUUUUUUAAUGUUUUUUCCUUUUUUAAUGUCUUUUCCUCUUAUUUUAAUGUCUUUUCCCUUUUCUUUCCGGUUGCCAUUGGGGUAGAGAUGUGUAACACACUUAGAUUCAGGGCAUUGCUUUCAGUUUUCUAGCUGUUCUUUUUUUUUUCCAUGGUGUAAAGAGAAUAGAACUUGACGACUUCAUGUGCUAGUCCGGACUCCUCGGGAGUGGCAGAAUCGCAAUAAAUAAGGACCCCUGCAGUCCCGAUCCAGGCCGAGUUCGAACAUGUCGGUGCAGGGCGUGUCCACUACCAUCCAGCGAGGACAGCAUGACAUUGCCAUGUGAGAGGGUAGUCGUGAGGAAUGCGGUGAGCAGUCGAUCAGUACUUGGGAGAGUUAUCGUCAUCAUUGCUGUAAACCCCGAAGCCAGUAUUCAGUGAAAGCGAUGGGCGCCGAGGCGUGCGCUAAGUGUUGCUUGUACGACUCAACAUACCAGUACAUACAUCAGCCUGUUAUAUAUUAUGUGUGCGGCAGUGGGUAAAACAAGGGCCCUAGGGCUAAAUUGGACCUACUACUACAGGAUGGCUAAACUGGACCUACUACUACUGGAUGGGUAAAACAAGCCCGGUGGGUCACAGCGGCUCGGUAGUUUGGAACCAGGUAAAAAGUGAGUAUCGGAUAACAAUGAAGGCUUUGGCAUUGAGGUCCUUUGACAAUGGGAGUUGGUGCCGGUAGUUCCCGAGGAGGAAGGGCAGUAUCCAUGUGAGUGUGGGGCCACCCACUGUAGGUGCCGUGCUGAAAGCUCGCUUAAUAACAGCGAAACACUGUCUCGACACAACGUGAACAGCGUUCCCUGCACGCGUCAUAGAGAUGAAGUAUGGAACCAUGGAGUGGCAAUUCCAGCAUGGCAAGCAGGGAGUCAUAAUAACUGAUAUACACACAGCAGGCCAUCAGGUGGAAGCGGCAAAGCUGACAAGUUACAACUGGCCAUCAGUUAAAAAUUUUAAGGUUCUGCUUCAGUGGAGUCCCUGGAGCAAUCAGACGGACCGUUCGCCGUUCGCAUUGUGUUUGGUUUCCAUCUCAUUCUUCUUGACCUUUUGCAUCCAUCCAUUAUCAUUGCUGCUAAUCAGGCGGUGGUGGUGGUAGGGCUGUUGUACAGAGUAGUGCGUCACCAGGACAGGUGCUGUUGCUGUUGCUGUUCAAAGUUCUCAUGUUUCAGCGCUUUCGUUGGACAAGAUGGCGUCCAAAGGUCACUCAUAAAAGUUGUCACAAUGUCAAGGCAAGAUCUGACGGGAGCAGUUUUUGCAGCAUCUCUAGCAGACAAAUCGUGGGUUGCUCAAUUUUUUAACCCGGCGGCAUCUACGGCAAUCUGUGUUCUUUCCUGGACGACAAAAGACGCCUGCACAUCAGCAUAUUGCUUUUAUGAUACACUGCCACUCCCAUUCUUAGUAAGUCAGCUCUGCUAGGAACUCACAACUACAUUACCCUCUCUCUCUCUCUCUCCUGCGUGCAUGCUCUCUUUGGCAUAAGUGCCUCAUUGUUGAUCAUCAGGUAAGAACUCUCUCACCUCUCUCUCUCUCUCUCUCUCCUGCGUGCAUGCUCUUUUUGGCAUAAGUGCCUCAUUGUUGUUGCUCUCUCUCUCUCCUGCGUGCAUGCUCUCUUUGGCAUAAGUGCCUCAUUGUUGUUGAUCUCUCUCUCUCUCUCUCUCUCUCUCUCUCUCUCUUGUGUGUGCAUCAUGCUCUCUUUUGCAUGAGCGCCACGGUGUUGUUCAGGUACAAACAAUAAAACCGAGGAGCCCAGGUCAGGCUUUGUUUGUUUAAAUAUUUUAUGAUUUAUGAGCUGCUUGUGGAUUUUAGGACCAUACCUCGUUUUUUUUACCAGGUUGUGAAGAAAUUUUCGAGUUGAGACUUGUGGCUGCAAUCGAAAAGAUUCCAGCUGUUGUUUUGGGGAAGUAGGUGGUUUCCAAGUUUCGUGGAGUUAUGUGGAGGAUGGCAGAAAAGUAGUAGUCCGGAGGAAAGGACACUACCGAGUUAGCGCGAGAAUGUGGAGGCUGCCGCGGCGUGAGUUCCGAAUUUCGGCACUCGACCAUCUGUCCUUGUUGUGUUGUUGCAUGUGUCUUGAAAUUGCCUAAUUUGUGUUUUUUCAAUCAAGUGCCCAGGAACACAAGCAGUAUCUUUAGUUGAGGUAGCAGAAGUUUUUUCUUUUUUUUAUUACUAUCGAGUUAGCGGGAGCGUGCUGUGGCGGCAGCGGCGUGGGUUCGGAAUUUCGGCACUCCACCAUCUGUCCUUGUUGUGUUGUUGCAUGUCUUGAAAUUGCAUAAUUUGUGUUUUUUCAAUCAAGUGUUGCGGUGCUC